CUUCCUCCCACCUUCAGUCUUCGCCUCCUCCUUUUGAAGGCGGAAGGGAAGAAACUUGUAUAAGAGAGGCCUCGGACAGCCUACAGCCGACAGCUCUGUCGCAGAGAGCUUUCUCCUAUUGUGUUUGGAUCUUGCUUUCCUCUCUCUGUUAUCCAGUCCGUAGAGAUCCUCCUACUCUUUCAUUAGUUCUUAUUGCGUGGGACCGAUGGUGGGGAUCAAUUUGAGGCAGACGACGAUGGUGCGGCCAGCGGAGCAAACGCCGCGCCGGAGGCUCUGGAAUUCGAACCUGGAUCUGGUGGUCCCGCGGUUCCACACCCCGAGCGUGUACUUCUACCGGCCCAACGGGUCGCGGGGGUUCUUCGACGCAGCGGUGCUGCGGUCGGCGCUGGCGCGGGCGCUAGUGCCGUUCUACCUGAUGGCCGGGCGGCUGGGGCGGGGGGAGGACGGGCGGGUGGAGAUCGACUGCAACGGGGAGGGCGUGCUGUUCGUGGAGGCGGAGGCGCCUGACGCGACGGUGGACGACUUCGGGGACUUCGCGCCCACCAUGGAGAUGAAGCAGUUGAUCCCGCAUGUGGACUACACUGGCGACAUCUCUUCCUUCCCGCUGCUGGUGUUGCAGGUGACCUACUUCAAGUGCGGCGGCGUGUCGUUAGGUGUCGGCAUGCAGCACCAGGUCGCCGACGGCUUCUCCGGCCUGCACUUCAUCAACUCCUGGUCCGACAUCGCCCGCGGCCUCGACGUGGCCGUUCCUCCCUUCAUGGACCGGAGCAUCCUCCUCGCGCGCGACCCCCCGACGCCUUGCUUUCCCCACGUCGAGUACCAUCCUGCCCCCCACAUGAAGCGCCACCACCGUCCUGGUGCGGAAGACUCUGUCGAGGCCCCCACCGCCGCCGCCGCCGUCGAUAUCUUCAAGCUCACCAAGGCCCAGCUGAGCCUCCUCAAGCUCAAGGCACCGCCGGGUCCCGCUUCCUACAGCACUUACGCCCUCUUGGCGGCCCAUGUGUGGCGGUGCGCGUGCGUCGCGCGCGGCCUCCCGCCGGACCAGCCGACGAAGAUGUACAUCGCCACGGACGGCCGGCAACGGCUUCGGCCGGCGCUUCCGGAGGGGUACUUCGGGAACGUGAUCUUCACAACGACGCCGAUAGCGACGGCGGGGGAGGUCGCGGCGGAGGGCUGUGGGCCGGCUCCGGCGGCGGGGAGGAUCCAGGCGGCGCUGGCGCGGAUGGACGAACCGUACCUGCGGUCAGCGCUGGACUACCUGGAGUUGCAGCCGGACCUGGCGGCGUUGGUGCGGGGGGCGCACACCUUCCGGUGCCCCAACAUCGGGCUCACCAGCUGGGUGCGGCUGCCCAUCCACGACGCCGACUUCGGGUGGGGCCGGCCUGUGUUCAUGGGCCCCGGCGGCAUCGCCUAUGAGGGCCUGGCGUUCCUGCUGCCCAGCCCCACCGGCGACGGCAGCCUCUCCCUCGCUAUCUCGCUGCGGGCCGAUCACAUGCUCAAGUUCCGCAAACUCAUCUACGAUAUGUAGCUCCGAAUUGUCCAUUUCAUUCGUACUAAUUUGUAUGUAAACCAAUAAUUUCUACGGAAUUUAAUUAAGUAUAAUACAAAAAAAUUAACUGACA